GUGUGUAAAGGUCAGUGGGAAUGUUUUAUACUGUGUCCCAAACCUUAGUAUGAAACCAGUACCGUUACAUACUACUGUCAGCUAAAAUAUUACAGUGUGCAAACACUGGAUGCUUCGUCCAUACUGCUCUUACUUUUAGUUCAGAAUUCAUGAUUCUCACAAAUCACGGUUGGAGGUUGGCACUUGUUACCAUGGUUACAAGUUUCCAACAUGCAAGGAAGUAGCGUGCUUCACACCUGAUUCCAAUAAGCGACAAACGAUGCAAGCCUUUCACAUCAGAAGAGCCCAUCAUCCAGCUCCACGCACAUCCAGCAGCAACGUGUAAAUGUUGGAGCAGAGGACUCGUCUGGAGCCCAUACAGGAAGAGUCAGAGAGGGAAGAUGAAACCACAGGGAGCAAAACCGGGGAAGGAGAGGAGCAAGAGGAGGAGGAAGAGGAAGAGGAGACAACAACAACACAGGAGAUUGCCGACGAUGAGAGCGAAGGAGAUGAAGAUGCUCCGCUGAGGGUUAUGAGACCAAGUCGAACUUAUCAUUCCCUCAGCCAACAAAGUUUUCUUCAUACGCAACCCAGCGAAAAUGAUGGGGAGGAAAUGGUCGGGUUGUGGGAGUCGGAUCAGAGCACACAUUUAGACCCCCCAGGUGAAGAGUCCCCCCCCCUUCAGCGGACACGGUUGGGAAUUGAGAAGCUGUCUACUAGUGUCAAGAGAGAGAGGCUAAAGGUCUCCAAGAGGAAGAUGAAUACAUCAGAUCAAUCAGCAAAGAAGAAGAAACGUGAAGUGAAGAAGAAGAAGAAGAAGAAGAAGAGGUCUCUUGAUAAUACUUCCAAGGAGGAGCCGUUUCCUGGAUGGCUGGUGGACCUGAUGGUCAACAUUGAAGAAGCAACAACUCACCAACUGGUGGUGGAGUAACCAUGCUCUUCUAGAAGGGGUCCCAUGGGGAGACGUAAUAAGAAGGCCUGGUAAUGGCCGAGAGUACAGUCCAUGGGUACAGUCCAUGGGUACAGUGUUUUUGUGUGUAAACUUUUUUUCUGAUAAUUGUCUCCCGUCAGAUAUACUGUGCGAGUAAAUGUUGUGUAACACAGACUUUAUCCGUCUCAAGAUUGGAAAAUACCAAGAAAACGAGACCAAAGGCAAAACUAUAGGCCCGUCGAUCAAAUCUCUCUUUUGGGGUUCCUGUUCCUCGAUAACAUGAUAAAUGAUGCCACUCCUCAUGCUUACUCAACUUUCUGUAGUGUCUUAUCAGCUGUUGGUUGUGUUAAGAU